GGGCGGUAAGCUUCAUGAUAGGCAGUCGCUUAGUGAACUCGUGAACUAAUGUAAAGAAGGAAAGCGAUGGCGAUGGAGACUUAGACUGCUACCGACCACUGACUUUAUAUCUGCAGCUCCUUAGCCUCCCUGGGGUCUCUAGAUCACGAUGUCGAUGAUGGAAACGAAACAGAAACAUGGUGUUCGUCCUCCUAUCCUUGACCCAUACCCAUGCCCUGCAUGAUCCUCUUCGACCUGUACGAGUCGUCACAAGCAUACGCAAGACAUGCUACUCUUUCGUAGCUUCAGCCGGGCUUGGCGACAUGGAGGUCUGGGAGUAUGUACGCUUGGACCCACCAUUGGAUCACUUCCUAUCAUUUUUGCUUGGUGUUGUAUAUGACCGUUGCUGUGAUACGAAGCGCGCGUGUACAUACCCAAGUGAAUUCGCCGCAAUCACAGCCCAUGAUGCAGUUUCCAUUGUCGUCCAGAACAUUAUCACGAUACAACCGGUCACAAAGCCCGAUAGUUCACAUCAACAUGCCGAGCCUCAAUGUCAAUUUCAAGCUGCAGAAGAACCCCAUCAGUUCAAACCACUAGCCUCGCGUCUCCCCAUGCCCGUUCUUCCAGCCCUGAACAACACGGCUAGUCAGCCACGUAAGCCUCCAAUGAUACACCACGCAACUCAAAGCAAAUCGGACCCAACUGAAUCAAGAGACCAGAUCUCAUCACUUGUAGUUUGGUCUCCAACGUCUCUGUGUAUAGUCGACAUGCCUUACGUAUGUGCGGGUCGAGCAUCGGUAGGUUCCGCCGAAGAAGACGCGUAGACAUGUCUUGGCAAACACUUCCAGCACCCAACUCUACUACUUUUGAGGUCAAGCGCACUUCGGGAGAGCCGCAUACCCAGCGUGAAACUCUAGAGUGACCAAUGAGGCGCUUCUUGAUUAUGUAGGUGACAGUUCUCGUUCAAGGCAAAUCCCGGGCAUGAGGCUUGGCGGGCUGUGCUUGCGUAGGUGUGCUAGGAGGCUUGCGCGUGGGCAAGAGACGCGUAGCGAGGGCUAAGCAUCUUGCAUUGGUGCUUGACCUGAUGUUUGGGGGCCGAGAGAGUGCAGACAGGGAAGGAGGGGCGUUUUGACCUUCCAGGAUUGCGGAGAGUCACCGAUGUAAUCCUGAGGAUGAACUGCUACGUGAAUAGAUCUGUGAUGUUUGUCUUGUUCUUUUAUAUCAUGUACCA